AUGGGUCUCCACAUAAACUGCGAGGAGGCCCCCAAAAGAGGCAGGGGCCCCCCCCCACGUGGAACUGUUUCGCUUGGCUCCAAGCCAGAGGGCAAUGCCGCAGGAUCAUGGCCUGAGAGCCUCUCCCAAGAGCUCGCCACAAAGGCAUCUGGUUGCCGAACGGCUCGAGGACCUAGGGUACUCCUGCCUGAUCGGGGGCCCCUGAGGCGCGACCCCCCUCCUUCUUUCCUAAAGGGGCCCCUAAAAAGUACUCUCUCUGAAAGAUCACGCCUCUGUCUGAAAAAGCACGCCUCUUUCUUCGUCCAUGGAGGAGCCGAUUCGCCGCCGAGGGAUCCCCGGGGCCCUCCCGCCCUCGAGGCCCCCCGGGAGAAAAGCAGAGAUUGCGCGAAAAAGAUCCAGCCAAGGGCCCCUACCCCCUUCUCCCCCCUCGCUCGCUCCCGCGCAGUCUGCGUCCUGUGGCGUUUGCGCGGGGAAAACCCCCAACUCGCGAGUAGAGACGCUUUUUUCUUACAAGCUUUACUUUUAAACUCCUUCCCGUGUGGAUGUGUCCUUCUGUCCGUCUUUCUGUCUACCCGAAGCUCCCUCCGCUCCAGGAGAGCAGGACCCCAGACUCGGGAGGAGGCCCUUAGGAGGCCCCCCUCCACCGGGGAGGAAGCUCUCGACAAGCAGAGACCAGCAGCCGCCGCAGCUGCACCCGCCCCUCCCGAAGCUCCCGAGGCAAGCGCAGAAGCGGCAGCAACAACAGCAGCCAGCAAGUCGCGGUAUAGCAUUGGAAAGCGCAGGGCUGCAGACAAGCGACUCAACUGGCAUCGCCAGUACAUAUACGGGCCCGUGGAUCCUACAGCUGCCUUCCGCCGACAGCCGAAAGCAGCAGCAGAUGCAGCUGCCGCAGCCUCCAUGCCUCCCGAAGCGCUGUUACGGCUGCAGCCGCAAAGGAGGCCUCCUGGCCUCCGGUGGAAGCUCUUAGAGGAGCUCGAAGCGGGAGAGGCGGUGCUGGAAGCAGCCGAUUCGGCAGCAAAGAAAGCCCUCGAAGAGGCCUUGGAGGCACAGGGGCCCCGGGCAGCAUCUUCCGGGGGGCCCCACCGCAAGGCAGGGGCCCCCCGGCGCUCGACAGCGCCCCCCUUGGGGUCUCUUCAAAUGCACAUGCGCAGAGCGGCACUGCGUGCCGCUGCCGAGACGGUAGAACAGGCCCUCAAGCGUCUCCAGCGCGGCAACGAAGGGGAGAGGGGCCCUGGGGAAAGCUCCUCACAUGAUCUAGGAGGUAGCUCCUCACAUGAUCUAGGAGAAAGCUCCUCACAUGAUCUAGGAGGAAGCUCCUCACAUGAUCUAGGAGGAAGCUCCUCACAUGAUCUAGGGGCAGGUGCUAGUGCGUCUUCCUUGGAGCCAGACACGGCGCAAAGCCGGAAGCUUUACCCCAGAGCUAUUUUCGCAGCGGAGCUUCGAAGGCUUCUUCAAAACUGGGCAGCCCUGGCUGCAGAGGGUGUUCUGCGUCUCGCUGUAGAGGGGGGGGCCCCCGCGAAAGGAGGCGAAGUUUCUUGCAGCGUGCAGCCUCAAGACCCCACGACUCCAGGGGCCCCUGGGCUCUCUCUGCUGGCUGCGCUGCUUCCCAGGGAGGGCGUCGUUCUGCGCCCGAGCUGCGCGUUGCUUACCUGCCAAUUGUUGAGCACGGCGGGCUUUGACGAGACCAUCGAGGUGCACGUACACUUGAAGAGGACAAGGUCUAAAGAUGGGGGGGGGAAGCCCGCCAGCAGAGGCCCCUCCCAGCGCGUCCAGGGGUUCGUCACUUUGCCGCAUGGUGUUAUGCCUUCCCUCCAGAGCGGCACCAGCAAGGCAGUGGGAUUUCUCCGAGGCGCUGCAGCUGCCGGGGGGGAUGAAGAGAAUACUCGUGAGGUGGGAGUCGGAAGGGCUCGCGCAGUACGCGGGAAGAAGCGGGGAGGCAUAUGGCGGAGGCCCCGUGUAAUUGCAGCUCUGGUGGACUCUUCAGAUGAGGCGGCCGCUAGGGAAGCCGGGGCGGAUAUUGUGGGUGUAGAGGCUCUCGUAGAAUCGCUUUCGGACAGCAAGAAAAGGGGCCCCGACACCAUCAUCUGCACGCCGGAAAUGAUGGCCGUCCUUAGUGCUCACGGAAAGACUCUUGGACGCCGCAAUCUUAUUCCCUCUGUGGCAAUGGGGACUCUAACACCCGACCCCGUCCACGCAAUCCGCAUAUAUAGGCAGCCGACUAUACAGUUUAGGGCAGACAGGCUAGGCGUGGUGCAUGCGCCCAUAGGCUACGCCUCAAUGGAGGCUCCCCAUUUACUGGCCAACUUUCACGCCUUCUUAGAGGCCCUCAAGGCUGCAGCGCUAUCCGCUCAGGGCCCCAAACAAGCAGUGGGAGCUUCCCUGCUUAAGAUUGCGAAGUGCAUGCACGUUUGCAGCACCAUGGGACCCUCUCUGCAAAUAGACCUGAGGGCUUGUUGA